AUGGCCAGAACGGUGCUAGAACGUUAUAAACUACUUAUUCGAAUAUUGCGUCUGUGUUCGGCAUUGUGCGGUGCAGAUGUCCUAGAUCCGGAAUAUAAAGUCAAUCUGCUGACGUGGAUUGUUAUCGCCUUCAUAAAUCUCUUUUAUAUAUUUACUGGCUAUACGAUUUAUGUAAAUCUGUAUGUCGAAGGCGAAUGGACCAAUGUCCUGCAGGCCCUGUGUAUGGUGGGUAGUGCCGUGCAGGGCUUUUGCAAACUUUUGAAUGCCAUUUGGAAUAAAAAAUAUUUAAUUGAAUUACUUAGCACUCUGGAGGCCAUCUAUGAGGAAUACGAUCGGAAGCAUGUUGAAUAUCGCAAAUGUCUGAACAAGAGCAUUAAUACCGUGGAUAAAUGUAUAAAAUCCAUGGCUGUUGUCUAUGCAGGUCUCCUUGUUGGAGUUAUUGGGGUAAUGCCAUUCUUUCGACUUUUCUAUAAUCGGCGGGUCUUUGUUAUGCAAUUCCUUUUGCCGGGCAUCGAUCCGAACACCAAUCAUGGUUUUAUUAUUAUGAAUUUUAUGCGUUCCCAU